AUGGCUUCCUCCUCUCACAUUGCCCACGAUCACCAUAUGAACGAGCCGGCUACGAAGCUGGACUCAUUUAUGUAUGACAACUCUGGCCUCACAUCCUACUCUGGCGAUUUCGUUGGUCUGGAUGAUAUCGACUUCAUUGGUUAUUUGGCGUUGGGACCUGGGCCGACUCUGUACCCUCUAUAUUGUCGACCGGCGCUACAUAAUGCUUUGAAAGUGCACAUUUCUCUAUAUGCUUAUGUGCUGACACCAGUCGUCCAUCGUUCGGCCUUGGAAACCGAUCAGGGCACAGAAGUUCCCGUCUACAUUAGUUCUUUUCAUGCUACGAAUGCGCAUUUAAAUUUGCCUGCGAGGUCCAUGAGGGUAGGUCCUGAUAACCAGUUCUAUGUUGUGUACGACUGUCUUGGUCCUGACAACUCCACCACUGUCGUCCAUCCCGCCCGGCAUCCUACUGGUCAUUACCCUUGGUCCAACAUUGACCUCGCAGUCCUUGCAGCCACAUCAGAUGCCUGCGACAGUAGUGGUGUUGCGAUCGUCCCUGGUUCUUCCACCCUCAUGACUUCGGACGACGUAACUGAAGCCGACAGUUUAAACGAUGCCUUCAUGUUGGAUGAGUCUUGCGGCGACGAACAUUCGACACCCGGAGACCCAACCAGUGCCCAUGCAUCCCAAGCAGCCACGUCGAACCCACCGACUAUCUAUUCAUGGAUUUCAUACUCAGGCAACAUGUUAAGCACCGCUGCCAGUACCCACGCAAAUCGCAAAUCAACUGCCACUUCCAAGGGGAAAAAAGCGAAAAAAGUUGUUGUACCCGAAGGGGGCCUCAAGAGAGUCAUGAAUACUUAUCCGAAGUGGAAAUUGGCCCUUGCCUACCUCCGGGUUCUCCUACGGAUAGCAGUUUGCGUUGGUGAAAUCUCAAACCCCCACAAGCUCACUUUCGAAAAUCGGGCAGAAGCUAUUCGCAAUGUCUGGCCUCGGGCCCUCCUUCGGGCUAAUAUUAAUUCCUGCGAUUUGGAAGAGGUGUUGUCGCUUACCACUAAGACUGCUAUGUCUCAUGAUGAUGUAUUGAAACUCGCCAACCCAUCACUCUCAGAGUUUGUCUACGAUACCAAGCGCUUGGCGUCAUGCUCGAUCGGCCAUGCCCAGGCAGGCUUCAACCUUGACGACUUAGGUGCAGGCAUCUUAUUGCUCAACAUGAUUCAAAAUCUGCUCCAGCAGUUCAUCAGACCAAAAUCGAAUGUUCUGCCAAUUAGAGCAAACGGUUUUGCUUGGUUCCUCACCCACCAAAUUGCCAAAGAGAUUAUGUGGCACGUUAUUUUUCGUUCAACUAGCACACACGCUGUUCGACUGGUGUUGGCUGAUCUGGAGCCGACAACGUUUAGGAAUGUAGAUCACCCACCCUUUCUGACUAUGUCGUUUCUGGGGUCCAGUUGUUACGGUGCUCUCCUGCUGAAAUACGCAACCUUAACAAAAAUACCCGUCGAUCUACUACAAUAUCCACACCCGGCCCAGGUGUACGAAGAGCUCUGCGAGACGGCUGUCACACUUGUCAACGAGCGCGAUGACGAGGGUCACCCCGAGCUCAUGUUCAGCUUGGCCCAAUUGUGCAACAUUUUGUUUUUCGGCUUGGCCGAUCACAUGAGUGAUGAAGAUGGCCAAUAA